UUUUGAUUGAAAGAGAACUGCAUCCCUUUCUCACGGUAUCUGUAUCCGUUCUCUGUUCCAGGCAAAAGGAGCCGACGCACAGACACCCAUUGAUCAGUUACGUCCAGAGGGACAUCAGCUGAUGGAGAGAGAGCCUCUAUUCGACAGUGUUAUACUUGAUCUGCAAUGUUCAUCGGCCACUAGUUCUGAAGAAUCUUCGUCGGGGGGAUGUUCCUCACCUGCAUGCUUCUCUCCUGAAGGAUCCCUCUCUCCAGUCCUCAUGAAAGAUGCUGGCACCCAAACAGAGAUCGAGCUUAUGGAGCUCUUCUUGAACGCAUUUCCAUACUUUUGCCGUCUUUGCCCGCGCCGAUUUCCAACUCAAAUAAAUUUGAUCUCUCAUCAGGAAGCAGAUCAUACGGAAGAAAAUACUGCCACUCAACCGGUGGCGCAUAGCGUUUGUACACCCAACAAUCAAGAAGACACGCAGAAGAAAAUAAUAUGUUUCUUCCCUAGAACAGUAGGUACAGGAAGUCCAAGUAAUGCGCGAAGGGAAGAAUCGCACUCCCCGCCCCAGGCGCAUAACUCAAAGCCGGAGUACACUUGUGCGCAUUGCUCCAAAAGUUUUAAACAAAAAAAUCAAGUAAGAAAACAUAUGAUAUCGCACGUGGAUUGGAGGCCUUUCAAAUGCACAUUAUGCCCGGCGCGAUUUAAAGAAAACAGCGGUCUGCGCAGACACAUAAGGGAUGUCCAUGAUAACGGGAGAGUAACCUUCUCAUGUGAGGUGUGUUCGGCAUCAUUCAGCGGGCACGCUAAAUUGCGUUCUCAUGUUGAAAAC